AGCGUGCAGAGCUCGCAUGAUGUGGCUUAAAAAUAGUCUUGAGAGCAGCCAGGCAGCUCCGCUCCAUGCAACCCCGAGGCGCUGCAUGGCCAGCGCGCCUCUCAGGGUGUAAUGCAACGCUUACGUCAGGAGCACGAAUGAGUUGAGAUCGAUGCGUGAGCAACUGUUGGUGCAAUGAUACAUUCCUGGCACCGAGCUCCCCAGCGGAGGAAGAGAAAAGGGGAGAGAACUCAUCACAGCGUCCAGGAGCGAGUGGGACCACUUUCAGCACCUUGGAGAGAGACAGUGCCAAAACGCGCGCAGUUCCAGGCUUUUUUUGGUUUUGUAGACACUACACAUGUAUUUAUUGUAUAAUAAAUGCAUAUUAUGUACCAUAAAAACUAUUAAAUGGUAUUAAUUGUUACUUUUUUUCUUUUUUGAUCAAAUUAAACAAAUUCAAGCAGUGUUUAUGAACAUUAUAUGUUUGAUUUGUAUUCAUUUAUUUAAUUAGUUUAUAAUUAAAGCUUCCUGGUGUACAUUUCAGCCGGGAUUCCCCACCCCCUGAGCAGCCAUGCUGGAGCAGCGGAGUUAAGAGCGUUGCUCAGCGACAGCUUGACCAGUUGUCGGACAGAUCUUUGAAGAGCCACUGGAAAAGACACGACUCCACCCACAAUUUUUUUUUAUUUUAUUAUUUUUUUGUAACCCUUUGCUUUUGAACAGUGACCCUCUCCGCACUGACACAUUUCAACAAACACGCAGAAAUCUGGGGAAACCCCCCCGUGUGCUCUCGAAGUCAUGAGUCUCCUUUAAAUUUCCUCCGAGUCUGGAUCUGCCAUCAGCACUGCUCCUUCUUGAUGUUGUAGUGGGGAAUACGCAUGCGCCCGGUUUUGGAAUUACUGCACUGGCAAGAAUAAGUUAGACCCCGUUUGUCUUGAAGGAAGAAAAAAAACAACUAUAUCAUUUUAAAUGUCGUAGUGUUCCCCAAGAAGAAGAAGCAUGAGGACACUUUGCGUCUGUUUCCUCCUCUUCGUAGUAGCGGUGGCGCGCACUCAAAGGUAAGUGGAGAGGUAAAAAACGAUGCUUCACUCAUUUUGCGAAGUGUGAAGCUGUUGCAGAUGGCAUGGAAAUACGUGAUACCGUUGAUACAGGCAUGUGCACCCCCUUUUUUCUCUUUUCUCCCCCCUCAUAGUGUCGGUGUCAAUGACCCCAGCAACAUGCCUUUGGUCAAAGAGACGGUGGAUAGGCUGUUGAAAGGUUAUGAUAUACGAUUGAGGCCAGAUUUCGGAGGACCACCAGUUCGAGUGGGAAUGAAUAUAGACAUAGCAAGCAUAGACAUGGUGUCAGAAGUCAAUAUGGACUACACACUGACGAUGUACUUCCAGCAGGCCUGGCGAGACAAGCGGCUGUCCUACUCUGAGAUCCCUCUCAACCUGACCUUAGAUAACCGCGUGGCCGACCAGCUUUGGGUCCCCGACACCUACUUCCUCAACGACAAGAAAUCGUUCGUCCACGGCGUCACGGUUAAAAACCGAAUGAUCCGACUGCAUCCGGAUGGGACGGUUCUGUACGGUCUAAGAAUCACAACUACAGCUGCUUGCAUGAUGGACCUGAGAAGGUAUCCACUAGAUGAGCAAAACUGCACACUGGAAAUAGAGAGUUACGGUUAUACCACGGACGACAUUGAAUUCUAUUGGCGAGGAGGAGUCAGUGCUGUGACAGGGGUGGACAGGAUUGAGCUGCCCCAGUUUUCCAUCGUGGAUCAUAAACUCAUCUCAAAGAAUGUCGUCUUCUCCACAGGUGCUUAUCCUCGGCUGUCCCUCAGUUUUAAGCUAAAGAGAAACAUUGGGUACUUUAUCCUGCAGACAUAUAUGCCUUCCAUCCUGAUCACCAUCCUCUCCUGGGUCUCCUUCUGGAUCAAUUAUGAUGCCUCUGCUGCCAGAGUAGCUCUAGGUAUUACCACUGUGCUCACCAUGACAACCAUCAACACCCACCUGAGAGAAACCCUUCCCAAAAUCCCAUACGUCAAGGCCAUAGAUGUGUACCUCAUGGGCUGCUUCGUCUUCGUCUUUCUGGCUCUGUUGGAAUACGCAUUUGUCAACUAUAUUUUCUUUGGCCGGGGCCCACAGCGACAGAAAAGGGCAGCUGAGAAGACGGCCAUAGCCAACAAUGAAAAGAUGAGGAUGGAUCCAAACAAGUGGCUUGUGGGAAACGUAGUUGGUAGAGAUGAUACCCUGUAUGCUAGAAUGAAACAGCGAGAUCUGGAUGGUCAUGAUUCCAUGUGGGAGCCGAUCUUUGUGGAUGAUGCAGCUAUUGGACUUGGUGAUCAGAAGAACAAGAUGGACCCACAUGAAAACAUCCUCUUGGGUACCUUGGACAUCAAGAACGACAUGGGUGUUACAGAGCUGGCUUUGGGCCUCAAUGACCCAAGAAAUACCAUGCUAACUUAUGACAGCUCCAAUCUGCAGUACCGCAAAGCGGGCUUAGCCAGGCACAACUUUGGCCGGAACGCGCUGGACCGCCACAUGACUCAGAAGAAGAGCCGACUACGGAGGCGGGCUUCUCAGUUAAAAAUCACAAUACCAGACCUCACUGAUGUAAACUCUAUUGACAAAUGGUCGAGGAUCAUCUUCCCAACAGUUUUCUCUUUUUUCAACAUCAUCUAUUGGCUUUAUUAUAUAAAUUAGGAGGAAAAAGGGUCUUUAGUCAGGGUAGGGACAAACAGCAAAAUGUAUUGCUCCUUUCUUCAUCGUUUCUGUUUUUAUUUUUGUAUUUGCGUUACUGUAACACUAAACUCAGUUCUAAACUGGAGCCAGGAUGUGAAGGAAUUGAACUUUUGCUGGCUAACAUGGAAACCUUGAAAAAGAGACAUUACACAUAAAAGGUGCCUGUUCCUAAAUAAUUAUAAAUAUUGUUUAUUUUGUGCAUCUUGUCAUCUUUUGUUGUUUGAAUUUUUAUGUUUUCCUUUUUAUAUAUUUACAAAACAAUUGCCAAACUCUAUGAAACUCAGAUGAAUUAGUUUAAUCUUACUUAAUGAAACGGAAAAAAAUGUAAUAGUUUUCAGGUCAUUAACUCUUUUCUAAAAGAAAUUUGACAAAAAUUGUAAAGUUGUUGCAUUUGUUUAAUUUUAUGCUACUAAUGUAUAUAAAGACAUGUAAUGGCCUGAAAUACACUUUUACUGUGUCAAGUUGUAUAAAAAAAAGUUUAAAGCUUUUGAUAUGUUAAUUCUCUUUUACUAUAUUAACUUUGAGGUAGUAUCUAAUAAUAUCCAAAUAUGAUAUAACAUUGUAUUGGGCAGAAAUGACUGUCUACAUCCAAAUAUUGACAACAAAGCUUUUCCAGAAAAGUGAGAAAAAGAUUUUUCAUGUGUGAAAUAUUCAUUUUUAGCCAAAUUGUCCUCAUUUUUGUAUUUUAUUUUAAUAUUUAGUAACAUUUGUUUUUACGUGAGACCACAUAUACAUUAUAGAAGUAUCAACAAAAAGAGGAAAAAUAUUAAAAGUUUAUAUGAAAACAUCACUUGUAAAGCAUUUACUACUAAAAAACAAAGGAGAUAAUGUACUUUUUUUUUCAAUAUUUACUCCUUUUUAUCAAAUCUAAACAUGUAAAGAACAAAUUAUCUCCUAAAACAGCACCUUAAAAAUGUGAAAAAAUAUUUUAUUGUGAAAAUAAAACAACACGGUGCUGAUAGAAAAUAAACACAAAAGGGCGAUGACAAACAAAAAGGUCAAAAUGUCAAAAAGCACAAAAAAACACAGUCAUUAUAUGUUUUCUUCUUACAUUUAAAUUGUUCUUUUAAAUAAAAAAAUAACCUGAAAUACAAUUUAGAGAAAUGGAUACAAUUGUGUGCUUUCUAUUUUAUGGUAGCACCAGCCACCCCCACAACACCAGUGAGCUUUCUGUUGGUCCACAGCCCACAAUGUCACACUUUUACAAUCAACUCAACAAAUAUCACCAUUUUUCUUCAUCCUUUUAUAGAUUGAAAAUCAGUAAAUAUGACAAUGUUCUAGCAUCUGGUGGGUGUGAGGUGACAAACAGUUGAAAGCAGCUUUAAAGCAAUUGAGCUCAGUGGUGAAAUAUUAAUAAAUGUUUGUCCUUGACUGUAGAUAUUCUUUUCAAUAAGUGAAUUCUUUUUUUUAUUUCUCUUUCUUAAAUUAGCUUAUUUGAAAAUGCCAUUGUUCCAUUUCAAAAUAAUACAGAUAAUAAAUGUUUUGCUUUCUAACCAGUGAGCUUAGAAUCACAAACUCGUUUACAUUUUCUUAAAGAAGUAAAAUCCUGAGGAUGUGAAGCCUGAUAGUUGAACAGAAAAGUGAUGUAAAGCCAUAUAGACUGGACGAUACCUCCUCUCAUGUCUGGUGCUAAUUGGACUUCAGAAAAAAAAACUCUUUCCAGAUUUUCACAAAAGAAAGAAAUAAAAAUGCUGUAACAUAUUGAAAACAUCCCAAUAGUAAUUUUCGUGUAUAUGCAAAACAUUAAUGUUGUCUUUUUUGUCGCUAUAGAAACCACAACACAUGAAAGUCACUGAAUAACUUUCAAAGAGGGAAUACUUUAUAGCUACAGCUGCCUUACCAAUACUGGGUUUGAAACUCCAUAAUAACGUGAUGGCAGGCAGACUCGCUGACGUCACGUUUAGUUGUCAAGAGCACAACCAUGUUAGAAAUGUUUCAGAAACAAAUCCUCUUAAUCCCAAAUUUGACAAAACUCAAUAAAUAUUGCAGUUUUUCAAAGGUCCACUUGGACACUAUGUGAUUUUACACCAAAAAUACAUGCUUGUACAGUCAAAGCUUUUGCGAUUUUUGCUUUAUCGAAACACACCAACUGUAAUGAAUUUUUUUAAUCAGUCUUUUUGAUUUGAGUUUGAAUUUUUGCCAAAUUUGGGUCAUGUUUUUGAUAGGCUCAACAAUAAUAUUUCUCUUGCGGAGUCGACCAUUUACAGCAUAUUGGUAAAUAGACUGUAGUCAAUGCACUUAAGGCUUUAAGAGUUGAAAAAAAAAAUCAGACUAGUAUCAAAAUUACUGCACCGAUAAGCUCCAUCAAAAUUGCAUCAAAACAGCUACUCUCUGACCUAAUGGCUAAAUUUAGCACAAGGUAGAAAACUGGCUAAUCCUCGAAUGCGUGUUGAUCAGACACUUUUAAAUCCUUAACAUGCUUUUUUAAUGUUUUUUUAAUUGGAGUAUUUCGGCAGCUUCCUUGUGUCUAACUGCCAAUGAACAGUGUUUAUUUCAGUUUAUUUGAUUGGUUUAUAUCUUCUCCUUCGUCCACAUUCACACUAGAGUAAACCACACCAGGGUUUACUUGCAACUGAAGCAGGAAGAGAUUAUCUUUAGUUGUGUUGUAGAAAUAUUGCACACACUAUUUACUUUUUUGAAGCCACCUUUCCCAAUAUAACUAAUGCCGUUUCCCCAUUUAACUGGACCUUAAAAGUCUGUAAGAAUCCCAGUGGAGCUUUUGUGGCAUAAACAACUCUAUGACAUUCAGAUUAACAAAAGUCUUCCCAUCUCCUCUUGCAGUGCUUGGUUUUAGCUAGUUUGAAUUAAAACCUUUAUUUAAAGCGGGUCUGUCUGCUGGAGUACAGUGAGCUGCUGCCAUGAUUCAUGCUAAAGCACAACUGCACUAAUUGUGCGGCCUACGAGUGUUUGAUAUGACCUCUUUUGCAGAUGUGUGUUUAACUCUUUAACCCUUGACAACAACAUUGUUUAAAAAGGCAAAAAAGUCAUUUUAUUACAGAUAUUAAGAGUUAAAUGAUAACAUUAUAGUAGAUUUUCUAAAGCAAUCCCGAAGAACUAAAAUAAUUAAUUGUUAAAUUAUGAAUGAAAUGUUCAAAUUUACAAAUAUUUAGCCCUUUUAUUUAACAUUAAAUUUGUUUUAAUUUAAGGAUAUUUUACUAGGAAAUGUCCAAUAUAAUUGCAUAUUCAUAUAUAAAUAUUUAUGAACAUCUUUAGCUUAAAAUACAUUUAGUUUAUAUUUUAUAUGGAUUUCAAGAAGCAAAUAACGUGUUAGAUUAUUCUAUUUUUACUUGUAUUUAUUUAUUUAGAGCUCAUCUAAAAAACCUUAGACAAUUUUAGACCAGAAACAUAUUGUUAUAAAAAUAAAAAAUAAAUGUUUUGACAGAUUAGUCUGAAUUUGCAAAAUUCGUUAAAAAUACACAAAGCUAUUAUUGCUCCACUAAUGUGUUAUAGAGUACACCAUUUAUUUAUUUAUUGAAAUUGCCCUAAUUGUUAAACUUCUCACUUUUUCAACCUAAAUAAAUAUGUUGCAUAUUUUCCUAAAUGAACCAUGUAAUUAAAUAAAUCAUAAUUUAAGAUUUCUUGAAUUUUGAAAACUGCUUCUCUGGUGUGUGAUGUCAGUGCAAUACUUGAGUCUUCCAACUUUUUGAUUUAGUUUUUUGUCAACAAAGAUCAAUUUAAUUGACAUGUUUUGUAAUUUAUUGUAAAAAUAAUGUUAUGUUUUGUUUAGAUCUGUGGAUUGGGAGUAAUAGGUAUAAGAAUGCUAAAUAAGUAUGGGACUUCUGGGAAUCAAACGCAUAAAUAAUGUGAAAUAUAAGAAGGAACAAAAGCCAAACUAGUAAUCAUGGAAAACCAGACAAAAGUCCAUCUUAAAUAUGUAUAUAUUAGGUUGAACAACAUCCAUAAACUGGAAAUUAUUCCUAAAAAAUGAAGAAAAGACAAAAAAAAUUAAUAUAGUUUUUGUUUUAAUGCAAAUUAUGAUGUGAAUCUGUGUAAAUAGUUUAUUUUUGAAGUGUUUUUUCUGUUUUUUGCUAUUGCUUAAGUCUUUUUUUUCUCCAAAGAAUAAACAAGUAUUCUUGAAUGUAGGUGAUUUCUUUGCAGGAUCCAGUUAACACAUUUAUGACCUUGCACCAAUGAUUAGCUGAAUCAAUGUAUGCCAUUUGUAUUUCAAACACUCAUGCAGACACAAAGCCACAUAAAGGAGAGACUAAAAAAGAGGUUGAGCCUAAAAAUCUGCCAUCUCAGGAUAGAAAGAUUCACACACUUUUAUAACUACAAAUAUUUGCAAACCCAGUAUUUUUUAAAAAGAAGUUUCAUUUUUUUCCUCCCAACUUUCAGUCUUAUUAGCUUGUUUUCACUACUCUGCAAUACUGUAUACACACUGAAAUGACAUGAACUAGUCAUUACGUCAUCGUCUUUAAUCCACUGCUGCCAAAGUUCAAUCAAAACAGCCCAUAACAAGUAUAUUUCUUAACCUUUAAAAAAUAAAACAAUACUCUGUUUGGUAUUUUAAAGUCUAUCUGAGUAUGAGUGUCUAAGUGAAUGUUGGCGUUUCCAAAGCAGACCUUCCAUGAGUUCAACACUUUGUAUGUUUUUGUAUCUCACAGUGCUCUUUUUGUUGCAUAUAUUUUUAUACUUCUAUAUAUUUGUGUGUGUUUUGAAGGAAAUCCUAAACACUGUUGUUAGGGAGAGCCUCCGCAAUCCAGUUUUCUUUUUCGCGAUUACAAUGUCUUUUAAGGAUACAAAACCUUUCAUGACAUGUAUUAGAAACUAUUUCCAUGUCUAUAGUUAUCGUGUGAAAUGUAAAGCCAAAAGUUUGUUUCGUUGAUUUAAAAACAACAACAUUGAGGUUUUAAGCAAGGUUUGACAAUUUCAGAAGAGAAACUUUAAAAACGGAUAGACUGACCAACAUGACACAUCUCAGUGACUGUGUAUGUUUGCACACAUUUACAGAACAAGCCUUAGACUCCUACUGUACUGGACCUCACCUCAAGCAGUUUUUUACCCUUUCAGUACCCAUCACCUUGAAGAAAAAAGAAAAACCUAUGUGCCACUCACAAGAACAUCCCCAGAAAAGCUGAAAAAGCUGUAUGUUUUUACUAUGGAAAAAUACUGGGAAUUCCUGGAUUGUCAAUAAAUAUUGAAUACACUUCUGAA